UUCUAAAGUCAAAUCAAAGUGAAAAGAUGAUCAAGUUCUACGUGAUAUUGUGCGCAAUGCUGCUGGCGGCUGUGGAUGCGCAAGAGCAGUGCGGCGUGUGUCAAAAGGAUAAUGAGGUGUCCUGCGAGUCAGAGAAUACUUAUUAUCUCUGCAUGGAUAAUAACAAAAUUGGGGAGCUGCAAACGUGUCCAGGAGAAACCAUUUGCAGCAGCGAUGCUAGAGUUUGUGUUCCUAAAACGUCUGCAACAAGUGUUUGCAACGAGAAUAGUCACUCAUCUUGUCAGUUUUGCUACACUACAUCCAAAUAUGCCUGCGUUAGCCAAACUCAAUACGCUCGCUGCAUUGGAGGAGAAAUCGCCGCCGUUUUCAGCUGUAAGAGCGAUGAGAUUUGCAUAUUCGAAGCUCAAUCUGAGUUCAAAACUGUCUGCGUUCCCGAGUGUGCUGCUAAGUUUAUUAGUCAGACAGCCAGCUGCCCCAAUGCUGACUAUACACCCACGACUGCUGCACCACCCACCACACCCAGCUUGGAUAAUAAGAUCAAGCGCUGUCAAGAAGCCUCUAGCGGAAUAACUAGCACUUGGUUUUAUGCGCCUUACGAUCAGGAAUGCAAGAGCUAUGUUUAUUGCCAGCGCAGGAACCUUAACAGUCAGGAUUGGACAGCCAUCUAUAGAACUUGUCCGGCUACCGCACCAUAUUUCAAUGAGGAAACCUAUGGCUGUGUGGUCAAGAGGCCAGCUAGCUGCAUUGUAACUACGACCACCACUACAACUCCAAACACCUCAACCGAAGCAAAUCCAAAUACCGAAGAAAAUCCAGAACCGACUGAACCCAAACCAGAGGAUAAUGAGUUUUAAUUGAUGGUUAUAUACAUACAAAUAUCUACGAAAAUGUAUAAAAUAUAAUUAU